AUGUCGAGUGCCGACAUAUCCGGCAGCUACCUUAGCCUCGCUGGUCGCUCCGUCCGUGACCCAUUCACGGAGCGUACCGUAGCGGCCUGUCUCAUCAGCAUUGCCUGGUAUAAUGCUCUGGAAUUGAUCGUUCUGUGCUUUACCACUUUCAAACGCUAUGGCGGGUGCUACUUUUGGUGUCUCCUUAUUGCCUCCUUCAGCAUAAUCCCUUUUGGUCUGGGGUAUCUCCUCCUCAUCUUCAACAUAUAUACCAAUAUGUUCCCAGUGGCGAUGGAGCUAGUCGCUUGGGUGGGAAUGGUGACAGGCCAGUCUUUGGUCCUCUGGUCUCGAUUACAUCUUGUCUGCCAUAGCCAGACAAUCCUCCGGGCCACCCUCACCAUGAUCAUCAUCAACGCGAUAGUCUUACAUAUACCCGGCUUCGUGCUCGAACUAGGAAGCCAUUCGAAACAAUCUUCUCUCUUCACCCACGGGUUCAACAUCUUCGAGCGCAUACAGUUGGUUGGAUUCUCCGUACAAGAAAUCAUUCUCUCUCUGAUUUACUCCUGGGAAGCUGUGCGACUCCUGAACCUCCGUCCACGAGGACACUACCGGGGGACCUUGGUUCAACUCCUGAUCGUGAACGUGAUCAUGAUCCUCAUGGAUGCAGCUGUCAUCGGACUUCAAUACUCGGGCCUCUUCGAUAUCCAUGUGACUCUCAAGGCGAUGGUAUAUAGCGUCAAGCUCAAGCUGGAGUAUGCGGUUCUAGGAAAAUUGGUAGUCAUUACAGAGAUGAGUGGCAGCAACUCAGCUCCGACCGACCUGUCGGAGUUCGUGGAUCUCUCCUUCCACGAUACUUCACCGCAGCUGGAUACCGAGAGGUUCACCGAGAACCCAGAAUACGGUGCUCAUCAUCGUGUGCGACUAUCUUCCAAAGGUUCUUCCGCCGACCCGCUCAGACGGAGUCCCUCCACUGCUCAGAGUCCGAGUUCAUGCAACAAGGACUCAUGA